CCGUGUUUAUACUCUAGAACCUGGGCCUCGGGAAGCUCCUUAAAGUUCCACCUCACCGCCGCAAUAAAUGAAUGCUAUGCAUGAGGUACGGUACUCCCGCAGUUAUACGCGACAAAGGGACUUUCUAAUUUCCGUAUUAACUCCACCACCUCUACCACCCAAACCACUACCAUCAUUGACAGCAACGCAGCCUUUACAAUGCCUAUCUACCUAAUCUCCAAAGCCGCAGAUCCCAUCUUCGCCUUCGCGAUAGGCACCACCGCCGCCCUCCUGCGCAUCCAGCGCGAACAGCGCGAGAAAUUCCCCGAGCGAGCCAAGGACAUCGGGAUCGGGAGUGUGGUGCAGCUGGGGGCGAGUCGGGUACAACGCUGGUGGGCGGGCGAUUUCGCAGGGCUGUGAUGGCUCGCAGGCAUAUCCCCGUGGGAUCUUGUCUUGUUUGGGACAUGUUGGACGGUUUCCUAUCCGCCUAUUCCUGGCUCCAGGACUUUUCUCGCCGUGGAGAUAGG